AAAUCGUACGUGGGACGGCCGGAGGGAGACUGGGCUCGGGGCAUGGCAAUAAACCAGCUUGGGAACGGUUUGGCCUUUGCAAGUCACCAUGAGGGCGCGUUGUCCGUGAGACGCGCCGAGUUGGCUAUGCUGCAGCGCCUUGACGCACCAGAACACGAGAUCCUCAUCGCUCAGAGCAAUAUUUCGAACACGUAUCAUUCGCUGGGGCGGCACGAAGAGAACAUGCACAUACGGCGAGUCGUACACUGGGGGUUUUCGACGCUUCUUGGCGAAGAACAUGAACUCACCCUCCACACAGCCACCUGCUACGCGACGACGCUGACAAAACUAAAGCACUUCGAAGAAUCCAGGUCAUUGAUGCGCAAGAUGAUACCCGUGUCGCGUCGCGUUCUCGGAGAGGUCCAUCGAAUCACGCUCACGACGAGGUAUUGUUACGGGGAGGCGCUCUACACGAACCCCGGCGCCACCCUCGACGAUCUCCGCGAGGCCGUGGCGACGCUCGAGGACACGGAACGGACCGUCCGGCGCGUGUUCGGCAACACGCAU